AAGACUGAACAACCAGGAAGGACCGUGCAUUGCGUCAGGAGAGAAGUUAGCAAGUGCUUUAACAGUGAAAAGUAUUUGGAGUGCAAUACCAUGAACAUUGUUUUGGGAUUAACACUAUUUGCUUUAAUUGCUCCAUCUUUAUGUAUCCCCGUGGACUCCGGUAAGACUGAUCGGCUUGACAGCGAUGUAUCGCUCAGAGAGAACAGGACAGCCCGAGAGAUCACCUGCCGAGGCGAGCAGUAUCCUAACUCCGGGUUCUGCUGCUUGAACUGUCCUGCCGGGACAUAUGUGAUGAAGAAGUGCACAACAGCGGGCUCUAGUGGCCAGUGUGCGGCGUGCACCGCUGGCACAGACUACACGGAGCACAGCAGCGGCUUGGAUCGCUGUCUUCAGUGCACUCGCUGUCGCUCAGACCAAGAAGAGGCGGUACCUUGCACUCCGUCGCAGAACCGCGUUUGCCAGUGCAAGUCUGGCACCCACUACUGCCUCCCCGAGGAGCCCUGCGAGGUUUGCAAGCGCUGCUCAAAGUGCCCGGAGGGGAAGGAGGUGAGAACAAACUGCAAUGCCACUGCAAACACUGUGUGUGGGACCAGAGACAGCCCUCCAGCUGGCACAGAAUCAGAUUCUUCCUCAAGUAUCAUCGUCCUCGCUGUUGUACUGCCCUUGAUCUUUGUGGUGCUGGUAGUGAUUGGGUUAAUUCUGUGGAGAAAUCGUCCAGACGAGAACAGGGAGCUGCAUGUGAACACAGAAACUCCCACGGACAUUCCAAGCACCUCUUCCCCCAUAGAGAUGCAGAACCACAACAACAACAACGAGUCUCAGAUGCGGGAGUCUACCCACUUGCUGCAGGCUGAGCGCUCUCCCGAGACUGCAGGCCAGGACAGUGAUGACUGUGGACUGGGGGGCAGUCUCUCUGACACAGCCGCCUCAUCCCAGAACAGCCUCAGCAGCGCCCCGUACCACAGCACCCCUCCCCAGCGAGGGAGCAGCACCCCUCCCCAGCGAGGGAGCCCUCCGUCUGACAGGGCCAGUCUCGCCAGCGCUGCCACGCUUGAGGACUCAAGCCAAUUAUACAGCCUUACUCCACUGCAGGACAACGCUCUCAUGGACUGUCUGGAUGAAUUUUAUAAAGUUCCGAUUAAAUCCCGCAUCAGACUCAUGAGGAAAGUAGGACUCCAUAAUAACAAAAUCGAGAUGGCUCGGGAAAACCACCCUGGUAACGUGGAGGAGCAGUUUCAUGAGAUGCUGCUCACCUGGCACGAGGAACGAGGACAAGCAGCCGAUAUUAAUACCCUGCUGAGGGCCCUGCUGAACCUGGAGCACAGGCUUACUGUGGAAACAAUUAUAGAAGAAGUCAUCAAAAAUCAAUUUUAUACAAAAUCAGAUGUACACCUUUUAUAGACAAACACCCACUGCUUCAGUAAGAAGAGAGAAAAAACAAAGCCCCAGAACAAAUGCUCCGGCACUAAUGAAAUGAAUGCCGCGAGUUUCUUGUAAGUUCACGCACUUCUGCCUCGAUGUGGGAAAGCCACAUCAAGGCAGGGAAUGUGGGUGUAUUGACGUUUUUAAAGUUUCUGCGGCAGUCGCCAACCCUGAAGUGUAAUGCUGGCUCCAGGGAUCGGCCUGCUGUGAUCUCCCUGGCAGAGCACCAUGGCAGCCAUCUGGAAUGGGAUGGGACGGGCACAGCCGAGGGGUCAUCAGAGGGGCACCUCCCGUCUUCGGUGUUCACCUCGGGAAGGCUUGACAGGGAUGCUGGCAUCCCAGCACCACUCCCCUCCAUCCCCGUGCCCCACUGAGCCCAGUUUACUUACCUGGUCGUCCAUUCCAGUCCAUUGAGCCACGUACCAUUUGAGGUACCUGAGGAGUGAAAAUGGAAGAGCCUACAGCAGCGUGUAUGGCACGUUGUCUAUGUGAAAGAGAAGCUAUAUUAUUUAUCAUUUUAUUGUAUUUAUUAUGCUAUUUAAUAAAUAAAGUGAUUGCACUGUACACUUUUUGUUCUUUGUUCCAUUCCUCUCAUUUACAAUUGUAAAUGAUUUACAGCAGAACAAUUUCAAACACCAGCCUUUUUGGUAUGCAGACAAAAUGCGUAGCUUUGCAUAGAAUCUGCCAGAAAAGAAAAACGGUGGUUUGAAAGCUGUAAAAUCGUACAACUUGAAAAAGAGGAACUUGGUGCAUCAGUGUUGCUUCUGAAUACAGAGAAAUGAUUUGAGCAGGUGUGGGGUAGAUAGACAUCUAGUGUGCAAUGACUGGACGGCCAUCGUUACAAUUUUGACACGUCCAAGUGGCACAAGAUUAAAGGUCUAUGUCUCUUUAGGUAAGACACCACCCUUCAAAUGUGAGUCUUUGUUCAAAUUCAACAAAAAUGCACUAAAAUAACCAGAAAAAUGGUGUUACGGAACGUAUAGCUGCCUUUGCUGUCGUUGGCUUGCUUUGUGCUUCAGCACUUGCAUUAGCACGCUAUUGUAGAUCAGAAAGCUGACCUGCGUAACGGUGUUGUGUGAUGCACGGCCGGUACGGAUUCUCUCCCCCGUCGGUGAGACGAGGCUAAAAGCUCUGAAGCCUCGAAUGCAGACGAGCCCGGCUCUGUUGCAUUGUGGGUCGGACUAUCGCUUGCAUUUCACGCUCAGUCUCUGUCCGGUGAAAUGAAAUCCUUUUCCAAUCAUCUCAAGUAAUCAGAUCAGGAAUUGUGUUUAUGUAAACUGGAAUGGGAAAGAGGUGGGGUGGGGAUCUAGUGAUGUGAUUUACUCGUGAUCCUUUACUAGGACCAGUCUAAAUCCUUGCCUCGUCAGUCUUGUAAACUCAGGAAUCUGAUUAAAUCAGACGCCAUACACUGAAGUAAGUGACAUGCUGUACUGUGUAAGGGUCUGUCUUCCCUUGUGAAUGCAAAUUCUGUUUUCCUGCUCUUUUGUAUUAGAUAUGGUAUUCUAGUCAUUGUAAAGGCGAUGCAAAAGUGGCUUUUUUCAAUCAACUUCCUCUGUACAGUGUUAUUGUCCUCCAGUAGGGAUCUACCCAGAUCCCCUAUCGCACUUUGUAUGUCGCACUUUGUAGAGAUAAGUCUACAGAACUCUAGCUGUACGUUACGCUGUAUCCUGCUGUCAAUCUGUUGUUGCAUUCUGCAGGUUAUUUUCUACUGAACAGAGUAUACAUUUUGUACUUUUGUAUAUAUAUUUCUGUAAAAAAAAAUUGUUUGUUAUACAAAUUAGGCCUUUCAAAGAAAAUGUAUUUCCAUCGUAGGAAUAUAUUUUCACAAUUAAAGUAUUUCCAAACAA